AGAAUAUAAAAGAGGGCUACUGAAAAAUACAGUAAAACAUUUAAGACCAUCAGGGUACCUUGUUCUAAAAAUGAAGUUCGUUGCAGUCUCAAUUUUGUUUACUGUUGGAUCCGUAAUAGCGGAUGGAUUGUCUCAAAAAUCUGGUUCAUUGGAAGGAAGGCAAUCGAGCCUGAUUGAGAUACUUUUCGGAACAAUCGUCUGCUUGCUUGAAAAGCUUGUAACUGCUACCGUAAGUGACGUUGGUGAAAUAAUAGUACGACUACUUCGAAGCAUCUUCACUUUACUGCUGAAUGCUAUCGGGUGUGUAGAUGUUUUAGGCAACUUGAACUUUGAGGACUUCGGAGCAUGUCUUGGCAGACUCGUUCAGCUUCCAGUAGACACAUUACAAGCUCUGGUUGAGAACGUAUUGGAAUUGGUGAGAAACGAUACACAGAGCAUUGGUAUUUGUGUCGUCGGAACUGAGCAGGUUUGAAUGAAUUAUGUAGCAUACUUUUGGUAGAAUUUUAGCAAUUACUUACAUAAUAUGUAUCUUGAGAUGAAAUAAUGUACGUGCACCUCUAUUUGCGUCACAUAUUGUUAUUAUUCAAAUAAAGUUUAUAUACAGAAA